GUGACCUAACACGAAGCGACGGAAGAUCCGGGAGGCAGCGCUGCAUGCAUUUUCCGUGAGUGGUGUGCAGUGGAAUCGAGCGAUCUGUCAUCAUGUCUGCGUCUUUUAAAAAAGCACUGAAGUCUCGGCAAAGAGAACACAAAGAAAGGUCUCAGCCUGGCUUUAGGAAGAAUCUGGGACUCUUGGAAAAGAAGAAAGACUACAAGCUAAGAGCCGAUGACUACCGGAAGAAAAGAAACGUACUCAAUGCCUUGCGCAAGAAGGCACUUGAUCGCAAUCCAGAUGAAUUCUACUUUAAAAUGACAUCAACCAAAUUGCAGGACGGUGUCCAUGCGAUAAAGCAGCCAACUGAAGAAUAUACAGAUGAACAGCUUAAAGUAAUGAGAUCGCAAGACAUAAAAUACGUUGAACUGAAGAGAGUGUCGGAAGCAAAGAAAAUAGAACGUCUGAAAUCUGAGCUCCAUCUGCUGGACGCUGAAGGAAACCAGAAAAACAAGCACACUUUCUUUUGUGACACCAAGAAAGAAGUGAGGCAGUUUGAUCUGGCAGCUCGUCUGAACACAGUUCCUGAGUUGGUGAACAGAGUUUACAAUAGACCCACCGUAGAGACCCUGCAAAAGACGGCUAUAACAGGAGCCACACAGAGCGGACAUUUAAAAAAAUUAGCUCAACAAAGAAAACGGCAAUAUGAGAUCCUGAAGCAGCGAAUUGAAAGAGAGAGGAAGAUGUUCGUCAUUUCUCAGAAAAUACAGACACGGAAAGAUCUUAUGGACAAAAGACAAAAAAAGAAAGUGAAGAGCGGAACUGCAGAUUCCCCAGCCAUUUACAAGUUUAAAAUGCAGCGUAAAAGAUAACGGCACCUGGCCGCGAAGAGAAAUGCCAAGCGACAUCUUUGGGCUGUGGAAGCCUUUUCAUUGGAUUGCUCUACACUAUGCAUUGUAGCCUUUGCAUUCGUAGGACACUGAACGGACAUUAUAACUGAAAUUACAAUGACAUUUUUUUACAAACCUUUUUAUCAGAAUGGUUUACUGCCUGAACCUCCUUCACAUCUUAAGAUGCCCCAGUGCACUUAGGAAAAGCUUAUUGCAAUCCGAGAACUAAAAUAAAAAUAAAUACACCUGUUUGACGCCUGGAGGAAGGUGGUUCUGUUCUGUUCAGUCUGCAAAAAAAAUAAAAUAAAAUGUACUUGCCGAACGGGAGCAAAUGUAUUAAACUGGAAACAAAGCGCAA